CAAUUUGCUCUCAAUCAUGGCCAACCCGUAAACUCUGUUUUAGACGGCGUUCUACCUUUACACGCUGCUUGUGCAGGUGAUAAUGAUCUCGUAGUCAAUCUUCUCAUCAAAAACAGAGCAGACGUCAAUGCAUCAAGACUUCCCCGCAGGUCCUCUGACUGCAGUUGUGACUCUGCCGCUCCUAUAGUUGGUACUUCUGGUGCAACCCCACUUCACUUCGCUGCUGCAAAUGAUCAUACAAGCGUCGUUCGCACCCUUCUUAUCCAUGGCACCCAUUCUGAUCGUCCAGAUAAGCACGGCAUCACCCCUGAGAUCAUUGCCCGUCAGAAUGACUGGAUUGAGUACGCUGAUAUCCUCGGAUGCGAGAUUCUUGCUCGCGCUCGCGGUGAUAAUACACCUGAUAGCGACAGUCAUUCCUCUAGUUGA